AUGAAGUACUCAUUCCUGGACCGAACCAACCGGAAGGCAAUCCUUACCAUAAUAGCCAACUACAUUAACCUGUCACAGUAUGAACUCGCUCGGUCACUACUACACCAUUUGGUGGUUAAAAGUCUGUUCACGGGUGAUGACUUAAGCAGGGGGAGCAGAAGAAGGAGGAGGAAAAGGAGGAGGAAAGGGCAGCGGACGCAAACGGACAUCUCGAGAGAGGAGAAGGUAUACUACUUAAAAAAGGCUCUCAAGUUCAUGCGGAGGUUUUUAUCUUAUGGCUGCUGUCCUCUGCAGGUUUUCUCAAACGAGCAAUCCAGUGCUCACUUUCUACUCAAAGUGGCACGUGACUACAACCGGUUUGUUGACCUUAUACUUGGGAACCUACUCAGCUGUGGGGUGAGAAAAGCACACCUCGUAGAUCAACCAUCGAGAAGCGUCCCGAGACAGCCGCGUCAGCUACGUUCCCUAUUGAGGAAGAAGUACGUGCCUAAGCAGCUGCAGAGCAAAAUUACCUUCGACGCUCUUCUAGCAACCAUAGUGGUGCACAGGGAGUACUACCUCUGCGCAUUCGAAGACUCCUCGUUUUUUUCCUUUUCACUCGAUACGGUGCAGUGUCUAAGGCGGGUCUAUUAUUUGCAACUGAAGGCGGGGGCGCUGCUCUUGGGGAGGGGGAAUCGCGGACGGAAGCGGGACUGCACUCGAGGAGAGAAGCGGGACUGCCAUCACGGACAGUGGCGCCUCCUGAACUUAUUCAACCGCAUUGUACCGUUCAGCGUUCCAACCAGGGGACCUUCCCACGAAAAGAACACCCCCCCCAUGGGUAACUCUCCCAACAAAAGGGCGAAACAGUCAUAUCGUCCAAAAAUGAGAGAAACGGAUCAGCUACAGAAGAUAGACGAGCUCGUUCUUCACAGCUGCAGAGUGGUGUAUGGUGAGAAGGUCGACCAGGUCAAAGCAAGUUUCCAUGCAGUCUCGUCUAACCGUGAAAGUAACGAAGCAGGAAAGAAAAACAAAGAGGGAGGAACACUAUCCAUGCACAUAAUAUAUAUCCCCCCGCUUCAUAUCAUUAAUAAGGCUCCCAUAUAUAAUUACCUAAACACCUUUGAAGAAGAGAUACAUUAUUUUUGCCAACACAACGUCGUGACUUCACUUUAUCGGGAGUUGUUCUGCUUGAUGUUUUUCUUCCCUGCUUUGGCUGUCCAGCUACUUAAGACCCUCUGUCUAAACCACUCCUUUUUUGAUUUCCUGCUGAGUCUUCUUUUUCUUUCCGAUCGGAAUCAGUCCUCAGUUAGCCAAUAUUUGCAGGACGGAUCAGAUGGCACUCCGGCAUUGGGGGCAGCUCGCGAAGGGGGCGUUUCCAUGCACAUGAGGGGGAGCGCCACGGAAGGGAAGAACCCCGUCAAGGAGGACGCACCACCCGAGACAGGGAUGAAGACGGAGACGGAGACGGAAACAGAGACAGCGGCGGAAACGGAGACCGAAACGGAGGCAGAAACCGAAACGAAUGCGGGUGCAGAUGCAGAUGCAGAUGCGGAGGGGCUACCCACCCCACUGUACUACGGUGUGGUGGGCAUCUACAUAGAUGCCCUGGUGGAAAAGUUAAAAAGAAAGGACUUGGUGAAUUACCACAAUUUUUUGUACCUGCUCAAGUUUAACCACAUUUUUGUGAACAACGUUUUUUUCUUUUCCUUGUGCUUUGCAAAUGUGGGGCGUCUCACAGGGGUCAACGGGGGGGAUACACACCUGAGAAGAAACCCCCACAAGAAUCUCCACCUCGCUCAAAAGGCACUCCACAAAGUGUACGAUUGGCUGGUCCUCCUCGUCUUCCACUACAACGGUGACGAAGACGCAGUUCACCAUUUUGGCCACUGUCCGGAGUACCCACUAGGUGGAGAGAAGCGGGAGAAGGGGAAGAAGCGAGAGAAGGGUGAGAAGCGGGAGAAGGGGAAGAAGCGGGAGAAGGCGAAUAAAAACGGAGAAGAUGUCACCUUUUACAAAGUCCUCCUCAGGGGAGUCGUCCUCCACCUACCCGUUAAUUACUCACACAUACGAGCCAUCUUUUUUUUUUACGUAAAUAAAAUGAGAGAAAAGAAGAGGGACGAAAGGACCAUCCCAAAUGCUAAUCACAAAAAGAGCGUCAUUUAUGAUAUACUCAUGUCUACUAACACUUUUCGCUGUUCCGAUGAAGGCCUAGUUGUGAAUGUGCUUCUUCACCUGUUCAACUAUGCAGAUGACCUGUACUGUCGCUGGGUGCAUACAUGCAUGCUGUACUCUCACGUGCGCAGUGGGGGGAAGGAGGAUCUCCUGUUUUGCCUCAACGGAUCAAGGAUAAGGGGCGUCCACUUCCUCAGCUACCUGCUCGACCUGUGCGAAGUCCAUUUGGCUAGCCAGGAAUUCCUCUAUCUGGACAGAUUACUUCAAAAUUUUAAUGGGCUCAAAAAUCUGUGUGUGCUCUUCUGUCUAGAGAAUGCGAUGGACGUUCAUGUGAAACGAAAAUGCCUCUCAGAGAUGAAGGGCAGCAGGAGCAAUGUCUACCUUUACAACUACAUAAGAGAUAUGAAGGUGAGGGUGAGGAUCUCGUUUCAUCACUAUCAGUUGCACAAACAAAACAGGAGAGUAAACUACGGAUUGAAGGAAUGCAGAUUAACAGAGAAUGAGAUUUUUCUCGCACUGAAGCAGUCAUCCAGUCCCGCUUUACUCAAUCAGCUCAACCUGCUGCAGUAUGUUGGACACUCCUUUCUCGUGAAAAUGGCACAGAUGGCUCGGUGUAAUAUCAAGAAUGACCUAUACAGGCGGGAGACCAGAAUGAACACAAACUUUCUCCUUUUUUAUGCGUCCAUGAGGAGUGUCUUCCUCUGCCUGCAGGGGCGCAGCAACGUGGAGCAGAUCAGGACCUACUACAAACUAAUAUCCUACCGGGAAUGUCGAGUAAAAGCUCUCCUAUACAUAACUGUUAUCCUGUUCCAAUGCAUACGCAAUAGACAGGAAGGAGUGAAACCAAACCUGUUCAUGUGGACAAUGAACUUUGUGUCACGAAAAUUGAGAUCAAUCAAGCAGGGCAAAUCUUUUUUUUUAUCUAACUUGAAAUAUUUGUUAAUGCAAAUUGUAUGUGAUGUGUAUGUCCGUUUGUUUAUCUUCAUCCAAAAGUGUAGAAGCAUACAUGUGGUGUCACGAAAUGGAAAAAACGGGUUCAGACGGGUUCUAAGUGAUUCCUACAGAUUAUGCAUAAGGGGCAUGAAAGAUGCAGAAAAAGCAGCGCUGUACCAGAUGGGAGAAUAUUCAAAUGAGGAGGGUACCCAUAAGGAAGUACUACAAAUGGGAGGGAGUAAUGACCCUGAUGGGGGGGCAAACAAACUGGGAUUGGUUGAGCGACCCGUAUCUGCCACCCAGCAGGGAAAGAUAUUGAGACGACGGGUUGGACCCAUGCUGCCAUCCACAAGAGUAACCACAGAACGGAUUAUGGUGAGCCACCUAAUAGGAAAGGUAAAAAGAAUUUCGUCCCUCGGGGUGCAAACCAAAGGGACGUCUAAACAGAGUGGGGCACGGAGAAGGGGAAGAUCCAUCUUCAAUUUUGUAGUUAUGGUGGAGAGGUACCUGCGGAGGAAGGAGCGCCGUGGAAGGCAGGCGGUGGGGCGCUCCGCCACCAAGCGUGUGCUACCCCUGGGCGAUCUGCAGAGCGAGGGUGCGCUCUUCGAAAGGGAUGACCUCAAAAGGGGUGACCUCAAAAGGGGUGACCUCAACAGGGCUCGCUUCAACAGGGCUCGCUUCAACAGGGCUCGCUUCAACAGGGCUCACUUCAACAGGGCUCACUUCAACAGGGCUCACUUCAACAGGGCUCACUUCAACAGGGCUCACUUCAAACGAGCCGACUUCAAGACGGCCGACUUCAAGACCGUCGACUUCAAGACCGCCGACUUCGGGAGGCACUUCCUGGAACUCAUGUGCAGCGACCCGCAGGAGUACCUCUAUAGGAACGUUGCAGACGGGAGGAACAAUCACCUGAACAUGUUCAUAUUUUUUAUAUACAAAAAGCAGGUCUCCAAAAACUCGCUGCAAAAUUUGUUGCACUACCUCGAAUUGAACACGCUCUUUAAGAGCCUGUACAUGGGUCAGCCUAUCCGUUCAUCGCGCACGAGAGGAGGGGACACCCUUCAGGAGAGGUCACUCACCCCCUUUUUCGAAAUGAUGCUUUUUUAUUAUGAGAAGUACAGGUGGAACGAGGUGAACAGGUACCUCUUGCCGAACAGCUACGGUGUCGAUUUGUUCUCUCUUUACAGUUUUCUGGAUAUGUGCGUGUCUUGCUCGAACACGGUGGAGAGUGGGACGGCCCUGCUGCGCUUUGUGAGGGGGCGGAUACGCAGGGGCGGCGCGUUAAGCGGUAAGACGCGUCGCGAAGGGGAUGGAAAGGCACGUGGCGAAGGGAAUGGAAAGACGCGACGCGAAGGGGAUGGAAAGGCACGUGGCGAAGGGAAUGGAAAGACGCGUCGCGAAGGGGAUGGAAAGACGCGUCGCGAAGGGGAUGGAAAGACGCGUGGCGAUGCGCCUCCCCCCGCUGCGCGCCUGGCCCACUUCCUCCUCUGCUUCGUCGACCGGCUGCACGUUCUGAUAAGCAUAAAGAGCAGACCCUCCUGGGGGGAGAGAAAUAGGGAAAACCAUAAUGGACCAAACGAGCAUGUAUCGAAGAAGCAAAGAACAGGAAGAACCCCCUUGAGGAAGACACCACAGAGAGUCAAACCAGUGCUGCUAAACAAGUACCUGCUGCUAAAAUGCAACUCCCUAAAGGUGCAGUCCAAAUUAAUCGAAAAAUAUUUUGUAGACCUCUACAAAAGAAAGCACUUCCUCAAAGAUAUGUUCCUCAGAUUCAAUAACUUAAAAAGGAAAAAAAAUACAUAAAUGACGGAGAGACCAACACAGCAAAGCUUUUACCAAUUCGCAUCCAACUCCAAGGAGAGUUUCCCCAAUUCUCAAACUGUAUAUGAAAAAGGGGUAAACUACAACCUAUUUUUCAUUCUAACAAUAGAUGUAGAUAGGCUCAUAAAAUUUGCACUCUUCUUAUGUAACUCCUUUGCCAAUGCCAGGAGGAUGGUACUCGUCCAAAAUAUUGCAACUCAGUGUUGUGUAAAGAAUGUCUUUCCUAUGUCUCUUCCGUUCGAUUGGGGGACGGAUUCACCGAAGAGAAUCUUCACGCCGUCUUUUCUCCGCACAGAUACAUCUAAUAUAGAUGUGACUUCUUGGAAAUCCCCAUUAAGGCGUAACUACCUGGGAGGAAAAUCUUCUGAACAAUCUGAGGAGAAAUACCUCACGGGGGAGUUCCUCUUUCUCCUUACGGAUGUCGUUGGUGCGCUGGAGCAGGUGAAACGAAGAAUCACUCCCCCCGAGGGAAAACGAAGGAAGAAAAAAACAUGCAAGUUGAAGCUACUCCUUUGGAAGUACAUCCAGCACGUGAUCGAUACACAAGAAGGGGUACCGACAGAUGGGAAAAUGAAACCACAUCCACGAAGAGGUAACCCCGAUGAGGUACCCCUUGAGCAGCAUUCUCCUAGCUCGAAGCAAUACACUCAUGACAACCCCAGCGUGGAAGACAAAGAUGAACUAAUCAAUCUGUUCAUAUGUCUAGAAAAAUGCGACCAUUACUUCCCAUAUAUUUUUAACACCCUCUAUGGAUAUGCCUUCUCAUCGAAGUACAAUUUUUUGAAUAGGCUCAUCGUGGAGAGGUACACCAGCAUUAAGAAAAUUUUUUGGAUCUGUCACAGGGAGAGGGGGGCCUCGGCGGACAGCGUCGUGCAGGCGGUUAGCCAUGUUAGCGGCGGGGGGUUGGCAGCGGUGGGAGCGGCGUUGGCAGCGACGCUGGCAGCGACGUUGGAAGUGCUGGCCGUGACGUUAGAAGUGCUGGCCGCGACCUUAGCAGUGCUAGCCGCGACCUUAGCAGCGCCGACCUCGAGGUGGGUGUGUACUGCCUCAAGUACAACGACUUGGAACACCUGAAUGGACUGUCUGCAUCUGUACCAGUUGGCGAGGGCACCCAAGGGGGAGGCCAAUGUGGACCUCAACACGAAGAAGCUAAACCGAUUUUACGCCCCCCUUUUGGGGAAAGUGCAGAGUGCCCCCAGCGUGGAAGUAUUCAAUAAUCCAUUUAAAUCAAAAAAGAAAACAUUUAGUGCACCUCGGAACUCUCCCAAAAAGGAAGAACUCAUGACAUACCUCCUCAGGGAUUCAACCCCUCUGGAGAAUCUUCUCGAUGUCGUCGUAAAUUUAUUCAUGCAGGAUGACCACACACUGAGUAGGAUGACUUUGCAGGAGGUGAUUCUAAUCGUUAAUACCACCUAUGGUAGGUGCCAAGAAUUUCGAAAGGAAGGCCAGGCAGUCUUUCUGGAUACCCUCCGCAGCUGUGACGAGGUCGAGUGCUACACUUUUGGGAGACUGCCAAAUAGCCUGCGCGGGAAUGUCGCCAAGGUGGGUGUCUACGUGAGGGCGCUCCGGAUUGUCAGGAAGGUGCAGCGGGUCCUCAAUGGGGAGGUAAGACCCCACACUGGAGGGAUUCCCCCAAAUGGAGGGCUUCCCCCAAAUGGAGACCCCCCUAAGCCAGUCCCCCGCUUCACAACACAACGCACCCACUGGGUGAAGAUCCUCAAAGUUAUUCUGACCGAACCAAUGGGGGAGCAAGACACGCUACAAUUCAUCACGCGAAAUAAACUAUUCAAAGACGCCCCCUUCCUCCUGAACUACAAGUUGGCUGCAGUCACCAGUAUCUCCAAAAGGGAGAGCAUACUCAAAUUGGAGAGAAAAUGCAAAGAAGCUUACAUUGUACAUCUAUGGUGGAGCAACAAUCCGAGGAAGAAAAAAAAAAUUAUUUCCUUUUUGAAGAAUCUAAAGGGGGAAAAAGAACUCCAAGCAUUGCUAAGCAGUGUACUCUAUGAUCGAGACAACCAUGACAUGCAAGACUUUUUUUCCUUCCUACUUCCCCAUUUUGAGACAACCUUUUUGAAGAAGUUCUACCUGUUGUCACUCGUUUCGCACUCCUUACAGUUGCAAUCAAUCCACGAAAUCAAAUUUAGGGACCUUAUUUUUUCUCUUCUCAGGAGAGAUAAGUUAGACCUCAUCAGGUUCAUCCUGAGGAAUGACCUCUACAGACCUAGAUUGCAUACUCUCUUUCGUUACGCCUUUUUGUGCAUCCAUAUAGAUUUUUGCAAGUAUGCUUCAUCCAAGGGGGGACUUUGCAAAGAGAAACCAACGAGGAGGAAACACUGCCUAGGAGAGACUCACCAAGAGAACGCCCUUCCCUACAGCUUGUCGAAAUGUCUCUCCGUUUUGGAGCUGGCUGGGUUGGUCCGUGGAGAAGACAAUGCGCAGUUCGUGUACGCCACGUUUGUGCACGUCACCCAGGCGCUGUUCGAUCGGAUAUGCGGCAUGAUGCGCCACCAUACGUGCCACCAAACGUGUAACCGCUUUCCAGGGGAGAAUCCCCUCGGCGGCUGCGCAAAACUGAAAAAGCUGAACCAAGUGAACCCCCCCGCGUGUGCGAAGGGGAAGAAGGAGCCGCCGUCACAUGGGAAGCUCCAAAAGAAGUUCAGUCUGUUCGGUCAGUUUUUUCACAAGCACCUCAACGCGAACGUGGUUAAGACAAAGGGGAAGAAGGACAAUCACGCAUACAUCAGGCGUUAUCAUAUGGUUAAAUCGGAGGAACCACCACCUCGAAGAUGCAACCAAAAUAGUGAAGGAAAACCCCAAAUGAGCAUAAACAUCCUCAUGUAUACCUUCUAUAAAGUAUGCUUCUUCUUUUACGCAAAUUAUAGAGAACUGAGAAGGGAAAGCAACCUUCUGUGUACCCUGCUGCCCAUGCUGAUAUAUGUGGAGACGUCCCUUCGGUUCCGAGUGCAUCUGAAGUCGGUCAUGAAGCUGGAGAUAAAAAAUCUGAUUGAUUUGCUGAAGGUGAAGAAUUUUAACAUGUGUAACCAACUGAUCCAUAGAAUCUAUUCUUGCUACAUCUAUCAUGUGAACCCAUUUGGCGUGUUAGGAGAACCCACUUUGUUCUUCCCUUUGGCUAGCUCAAAACGGAGACUCAGAAAAUACAAAAUGGUGAAAAAUAUCGUGUCUCUCCUUCGAUGCAGUGAGGGAGACAUCCGCAGAGAAGUGAUACCCUUGAAGAAACUGAACAACUUUUAUGUGUAUAGGUAUUCCCACUCCACGUGUGUGUAUAGGCAGUUCGUGGAUGUAGCAGGAGUUAUGGCCCGUGAGUUGGGGGCGCAGCAGGUUAGAGUCCUAUCCCAAAGGGAUCCUGUGAAGAAGAACAGUAGGACGAAACUGAACGGAGCGAAUACGGUGGACCAGGAGGACCUGUCGCAGAAGGUGCAGCGGCUCCACUUCAGCGUCCUCGCAUUCUACGUGGCAUUCUUGUCCAAGUGCAAUAUGGACCUAUACCUUUCUCUAAAUUUAUUUUUUUCCUUCCUCUGCACGUACCACUGCUCCAGCAAUCUUUACAAGAAAUACAAAAGGUUGAUAUACUACUUUGCCAAUAUGAAUGUACAUAGGGGGGUGAAAGUCCUGGGGAGGAUGAAUACUCACGUGGGGGUGGAUGAAUGGCAAGCGUAUAAGCGGCUGAGGAGGAGUAGAAGCAGUAGAAGUAGUAGAAGUAGAAGUAGCAGCAGCAGUAGCGGCAUCAACAAGCCUGCCCCGAGACGUCACCAAGGAGUGAUACACAAAGUGGUCCUCCAAGUAAACUCUGCAGGGGGGACACACCCCUGGACGGGCUGCACCUAUUUGGGGCACAUUCGGAUGGAACUCGAAAAAAGAGAUUCACUCUCGAAGGGAGUAACAGAUCCCUCGGUUACUUACCACCUGGUAAGAAGCGAUGAUGUGGCUUUGUUCCAACAGGGACUUGUUCCCAACCGGAGUGGCAACCUUCUUCCUUCUUGCAAACUAAACAGAAUGGACGUACUCCGGGACGGCAACUUCAACUUCCGUGCACAGACCAUUUACUCUCCUUCCGCCUCAAUCUACGUCAGAAGGCACCUCCUCACCAGCGUAGCUUUCGCUUACCUAUACAGCUACCACAAUGGUGUGCAUUUUGGAGGGGACUGCCAAGAAAUUCCAUCCGUAAGAGCCCUCACACAGAAGCAGCUCCUUCUGUAUAUCAUUAGGCAUGUGAAUAACCCCUAUCUGUGGAGCGGCAAAGGGAUGCAUCCUGUGCAGGAGUGUCCAUUACGUUUGGGAGGCUGCCCAGAACGCUUAGGAGGCAGCCCCGAACGUUUAAGUGGCAGCCCGGAACGUCUAAGUGGCUGUCCACAGAUAGCAGGAGAAGGAACCAACAUGGGGACAACCAAUUGGAGGCAUAAAAAAGGGGAGAGACUCUCCUUCAGGGGGGGAACAAACCUGAUGAGGAAGGCUGACCAGUCUAGAGUAGACCACCUUAGGAACAAAGAAAAAACUUUCACAUUCUCAAGCUAUUUAAGACAGAAGAGAGUGGAUCGAAAUAUCAAGCUGUUUUCACAAAAAUUGGAAAAUUUUCAAGAGUACAUAAAAAUGAUACACAACGAUUCUUUGCAAAAAAAUGUGUUUGAUUUUUUUUCAUCCAUUCAGUUGGCUAAUCACUAUGAGCGUUUCUUCUAUGACAUGGAUGCCUCCUGUUCAUUCGCUCUCUGCUAUGCACACCCGAGCAACAACUUAGCUUUGUCUACUCAGUACUUUAGGAAGAGCUUCCAUGAGGUGUGUGCGGAGAUGGAUCUCUCCAAAAGUGAUGCUCGGGUGGAUGGCGGCACCUGUGCGGGAAAGACAAGGAGCCACCUCUUCGUCACGUCCUUGUUGUUGCCUCAUGGCUCUCGGUGCCCGCGGCUGCCAAGCUACAACCGCGCCAAGUGUGACCGAGACCGCCUGGCCGCCCUGAGGGGCUACUUUUCGCCGGACACCCUGCUCAGCGUCUGCGCCAAGAGCGACCUGGCCAAGGACUGCUUCAGGAUCAUUCGCAAGAAGGGAGCGUCCAUUGCACAGUUCAGCCGCAUCAUCAAGAGGGCGUGCAGGCACAACUACAUUUACAAAGCCUUCCAAAAUGUGUCUCGCCUCGAGGACCCUCGUUUCCAGCGAGAAAUAAAGUACCACUUACUGUACCGAAAGAUGUACGCCCUACUGUACAACUACCUGGUUUUUUCCGGAGAUUACCUCAACGCGGUCAUACUCUGCGUACAUAACUACUCCAUUGCGCAAAACACGGACACACAAAAUGGCUACCUGAACAGCGCCCUCGUGAACCUCACCCUGAUCAUUAACAGGUUUAAGGGGUAAAUGGACCUCAUCACCCUACAACAGACACUCCUGAACUCCCAGCUGGGGUACCCAGUAAAUAUAAUCAACUGCAAACGAGUGGAUAUUUCCCUUUGUGUACAUAUUUUAAUUUACAAGAGAAAGUAUAACCUUGCAGAUAACGUUAUUAAUGUAUAUCAGUGGGACUACACCUUUACAAAAAAAAACGUUUACUUCCUUGAGGAUAUUUUGCAUUAUGUUAUGAUAAAACUGAGCAACGAAGAUAUGAAUAUGUUUCUUCUGCAUGUCGUGCACUUAUUUUUGGAGUACCGUACCAAGUGGAGGCAUGUCUACGAGCAUGUGGAGCGGGUGUGCCGUGGCCGUCGCGGGGGGGCACUGCAUAGGGGCCACCAGGGGGGGGAGCAAUAUCACGAUGGCGACCCGCCUGCCGAACCGCCUGCCGAACCGCCUGCCGAACCGCAUUCUGACCAUCCUGGCGAUGGCGACCCACCUGCCGACCAGCGUGACUUCCUCCGCGACGUGCUGCUCCACAUCACCGACAACGACUGCCUGUUCUACGCGCACACCCUCCUCUUCAUACACGACAAGCAGCAGUACGCAACCAUCCUCAAAAAUAUGAAGCGACUUUUAUUUAGUAACAUCUGCAAAAAGGACAUUUACAAAACAGUUAUCGGAGCAUACAAAUUCUUCCAUCAGGAUAGACGGAUGGACUUUAAUUUCAUUCACGUCAAUAGGAGCUCCUUUAAGAAGGUUACUCGGAGUAGACUUCGGAUGAGCCUAACGCGCGUUGGUUCCACUGCCGAAGACUCCAACUUUGCGCAGCUCAUGUCGCUGGCCAGGAAGUACCCAGACAACAUAAAGGAGAACAUCACGCGGGAAAUUCUGGCAAUUCGGGGUGAAGCGGUGUAG